AUGGUGAACAGUACUGAACAAACAGCAGAAGAACUUCGUCAUUACGUUCGAAUCGAAAAUCUGCCAUAUGGAAUAGCUGCCAAAGACAUAUCGAUGUAUUUUAAACCAUAUGAUCGAUUUACACGUUUCUACUUAAAACGUCGCGUGGCGAAAGAUUCACAGGUUCUCUUAACUCAUCCAAGGGUUACUGUAGCAUAUGAUAAUCCUGAUAUUGUCGAUGAAAUCAUGAUGAACCGACCAUAUCAAAUUGGAGAUUGUAAACUAUUUCUACGACGUUGCCUUCCGAUUAGCAAAAAACAUCCACUGGAAGCAUUUGUUACUGUUCGAAAGAUGAUUAUACGAACAAAAACAGAACAUCCUCAUGAUAUUUUACCAGAUGACAUGUCAAUUAUUGAAUACCUCUCGCCUGCCGGUGGAAAAAUCGAAUAUUUUGAAAGAUUGGAUGACCAAACUGUUCUGGUACAAUUCGAUGAUUAUGAUCCGGUAGAUAUCUGUUGUCUUUCGCGACCCCAUUUCAUCGGAAGUCAAGAAAUUGAAAUGGAAAAAUGUUUGGAUGAAAAAUUAGUACGAGCAUCUAUUGAAAAAAAACAAUUAAAUCAUGCUUCUAACAUUGAUACUGAUAGUGAAGCGGUGUCUACGACGUCGCCUGAUCCAGUUUUGUCAAUUGAUGAUCAUAUCGAUCAACUGCGAGCAACUUACAGUCAAAUGACGAGUGAUGCUGAACAUCAUCAUCAAGAAUUGGUAGCUUCUCUAUCAGCUGAAUGGGAACAAACAGCAAAGGAACGUAUACGUCUUGAACGUUUAGCAAUCGAUUGUAAAACGGAAUGUGACCGAUUAGAAAACGAAAAUCGGUAUUAUCAAAAGUUGUAUAGCGAAAGUUUAAGAGAGAAACCUGAUGUUCAAAAUGAAGGUGAAGCUAAAUUAAGCGAUGCUUAUCAAAAAACACGAAAUGCACAACAAAAAUACGAGAAAUUAUUACAAAAUCAUUGA